CUUCUCCUAGUUCCAGCGGUGCUACCAGACUAAGUCUCCAUCAUGUGCGAAGAAGAGGUUGCUGCUCUCGUCGUUGACAACGGCUCCGGGAUGUGCAAGGCCGGCUUUGCGGGCGACGACGCACCCAGGGCCGUGUUCCCCUCCAUCGUGGGCCGGCCUCGGUAUCAGGGCGUCAUGGUAGGCAUGGGACAGAAGGACGCUUAUGUGGGAGACGAGGCGCAGAGCAAGAGAGGCAUCCUGACCACCAAGUAUCCUAUCGAGCACGGCAUCGUCACCAACUGGGACGACAUGGAGAAGAUCUGGCACCACACCUUCUACAACGAGCUUCGCGUGGCCCCGGAGGAACACCCCGUGCUGCUGUCCGAGGCUCCCCUCAACCCCAAGGCCAACAGGGAGAAGAUGACCCAGAUCAUGUUCGAGACCUUCAACACCCCCGCCAUGUACGUGGCCAUCCAGGCUGUCCUGUCCCUGUACGCCUCCGGCCGCACCACUGGUAUCGUGCUGGACACCGGCGAUGGAGUCACCCACAACGUGCCCAUCUAUGAAGGCUACGCCCUGCCGCACGCCAUCCUCCGUCUGGACCUGGCCGGCCGCGACCUCACAGACUACCUGAUGAAGAUCCUGACCGAGCGUGGAUACUCCUUCGUCACAACGGCUGAGAGAGAAAUCGUCCGUGACGUGAAGGAGAAGCUGUGUUACAUCGCGCUGGACUUCGAGCAGGAGAUGGCCACCGCUGCCGCCACCUCCAGUCUGGAGAAGAGCUACGAGCUGCCGGACGGACAGGUCAUCACCGUCGGGAACGAGAGGUUCCGCUGCCCCGAGACACUCUUCCAACCCUCCUUCAUCGGCAUGGAGUCUGCCGGCGUCCACGAGGGCACCUACAACAGCAUCAUGAAGUGCGACAUCGACAUCCGUAAGGACCUGUACGCCAACAACGUGCUGUCCGGCGGCUCCAGCAUGUACCCCGGCCUGGCCGACCGUCUACAGAAGGAAGUCACCGCCCUGGCACCCAGCACCAUGAAGAUCAAGGUCGUCGCUCCUCCAGAGAGGAAGUACUCCGUCUGGAUCGGCGGGUCCAUCCUGGCUUCCCUGUCCACCUUCCAGCAGAUGUGGAUCGCCAAGCAGGAGUACGACGAGUCCGGCCCCGCCAUUGUCCACCGCAAAUGUUUCUAAAAAAUACGUCUUUGCACCUCACCUGUAUGUUUCUGUUAUGAAAUAAUUGGUCGUCAGCUUCCCAUUGGUAACUAAAUGACGAUUUGUUCUUACUUUGUUUGAGGGCAUACUUAGAUGUUGUUGUUUUUAUUCAUGAAGAUUAUAAAGAAAAUACAAAAAUACAGUGCUUCUAAAUAUGUUUUUGCGCCACACAGGUAUAUUUCUGUUAGGCCAUAUUGUUUUGAUUAUAUGAAUGUCAUCCUCUGAGAAUCCCAAAACUGAUGCGAGCUGGCGAAUAAAUUAAACUUUCUGCAGAA